CCGGCGCCGGAGGCCGGAGGCGGCAGAUUCUUUUCGAUUUCGCGAUUCCAAAUCGACUCGGGGCACACUACAUAGCGAAGCUCUGAAGAUCUCUCAUCCUCAGUGAAGUGGUGGAAGAUGUGGGCGAGUGCAGAAGGAGGGCCGCCGGAGGUCACUCUGGAAACCUCCAUGGGCUCCUUCACCGUCGAGCUCUACUAUAAGCACGCGCCGAGAACUUGCCGGAACUUCAUCGAGCUCUCUCGCAGAGGCUACUACGACAACGUGAAGUUCCACAGAAUCAUCAAGGAUUUCAUUGUGCAAGGUGGGGAUCCCACUGGAACUGGAAGGGGAGGAGAAUCCAUAUACGGCAAAAAGUUUGAGGAUGAGAUUAAAUCUGAACUGAAGCAUACUGGUGCUGGUAUCCUGUCCAUGGCAAAUGCUGGUCCGAACAGUAAUGGGAGUCAAUUCUUUAUCACUUUAGCACCAUGUCCUUCACUCGAUGGGAAGCACACGAUAUUUGGAAGAGUGUGCAGGGGAAUGGAAAUUAUCAAAAGACUAGGUAGUGUUCAGACUGACAAUAACGACAGGCCAAUCCAUGACGUGAAGAUUCUGCGGACAUCAGUCAAGGAUUAAAGCUUGUGAUGCUGCCAUGAACCUUCCCAUGGCAUCCUGCAAAUCAGUGAAGAGAGAGGAUUCCUCAGAUGCUAUCAGUUUCUCCUUUCAGUUUACAACGCAGCAUGAUGUUAUCGCUGUGUUGCUAUCUGAAUAUCAAAUUGUCAUUGAGUCUGCCUUGCAUGAUUAUACUCAUAGAAUUUUUUCCUAUGCGGUGGGGAUAUGGAAUAGGUGUUAUUCUAUUGUUAUAUGUAGAGGAAAACCUGCAAUGGAUCGACAUCGAUGCAAUUUGAUUGA